AUGCAAUGGGCCAUCGACUUAGUAGGCCCUAUGCCAACGGCACCUGCCAAGAAAGAAAUAAUGAUUGUCGCCACUGAUUACUUUACUAAAUCGAUCGAGGCCGAACCUCUAUCCUUUACUAAAGAAGUCGAUGCGGAACGAUUUAUUUGGAGAAACAUUAUCUACCGGUUUGGCUGCCCACAAUCACUAGUUAUCGACAAUGGCUCACAAUUAAUCGACAAGCAGAUCACCGCAUUUUUCAAGAAAUAUGGCAUCAAGCAGCAUCUAUCUACCCCGAGAUAUCCUCAGGGCAACGAUCAAGCCGAGGCAUCCAACAAAAUAAUAUUGGAUUGUCUGAAGAAAAGAUUAGAAGGCGUCAAAGCAGAAUGGGUAGAUGAGCUCCCUGGAGUACUAUGGGCUUAUCACACCACCAAGUGA